AGCUGAUUUUUUCAGAUGUCCAGCAAGACAACUCUGAUUCACAAGAGGAAGUGGAGGUUGUAUCAGAAGAAGAUGGGGAGGAAUGCAACCCAGAGCAUGAUGAAUCAUCUUCAAAAGAAGAAGAAAACCCUGGAGCUGAAAAUGACGUUUUUGUUGCUGUUGGUGAUGUUGACAGCAUGUGCUGCAAUUCCUCAAGAUCUGUCAGGUAAAAUGUUCACCUUCCCACAACAAAGCGCCACAUCUCUAGUGAAGCUGACGGCGUCAGAACUGCUCUAUCGUGCUGUAACCGUCUGUCACAGGUCCUUUACAGACCUUAAGAGAGACCAUGCCCUUUUUUCUUUGGCCGCGCCCAGCAAUGCCAAUGAGUUCCUGAUUUUCUGGGAUGAGACAAAAAAAGGGUUGGAGCCCCAUGUCAAGAAUGCAAUGACAGAGUAUAGAGGGUUGGACUACAAGCUGAACAUGUGGCACUCGAUUUGUACAACAUGGGACUCUGAGUCUGGACUGGUGCAGAUGUGGUUCGAUGGACAACCUACAAUUAGGAAAUUUAUCACCUCUGGAUCAGCCAUCACUGGGUCCAAUAUAAUUAUCUUAGGCCAGGAGCAGGAUUCCUAUGGAGGGGGGUAUUACUUGACGCAGAGUUUCGUUGGCAUGAUGUCUGAUGUCCACAUGUGGGACCACACUCUUUCCCCCUGUGAGAUACAUAAGUACGUGGAUGGACUGAACUUCACCCCAGGGAACGUGCUCAACUGGGGCGCGCUGGAGUUCCAGAUCACAGGCAAAGUGAUUGUAGAAGAUAAACUAAAUGCCUGUUACUAAACGUUAGAACAAAGCUACAGUAAUUUCAGCUGUGCAAAUCAAGUGGCUUUGAAAUAAUGUUCAAUAAAUUGCUUCAAAAGUGU